AUGGGUGAUAAAUAUGAAGUACUUAAUGCACAUCAAAAUGAUGCUACCGCAGCGAUACCACAUGCUUCAUUGUCUGGAUCACCAGCAGCCGAUGUGACACCUUUGCUGGACCCAGAAGCGGAAUUAUUAAAAAGUACUACCGAUCUUUGCACCAAAAAAUUUGAAUCUGAAAAAGAACAAGUGAAAGGGAUGCCAAGAAAAUUGAUGAUUAUGAUUUAUGUCGGUGCAAUGAUAUUAAGUAUUAUUUCAUUUAACAUUGGUAUAACUAUUGGCUAUUAUGCUUUGUAA